AUGUCUAGUAGAGGUGGGAGAACGGAUCCUGCUUGGCAGCAUAGUGAAGAAGUAGUAGGAGAGGGUCCGAAAAAGGGAUACAUAUAUCUAAAAUGUAACUAUUGUAGCAAAAUCAUUAAGGGAGGAGUGAAGAGAGUGAAGAAUCAUCUUGCUUGUACACACCAGGAUGUAGAGCCUUGUCCUAAUGUUCCAGAUAUAGUGAAAGAAGAAAUGCUUAAGUUUUUUAAAGCAUUUGAGGCUACUAAAUUAGCUUCUCGAAUGACCUUUGAAGAAAACGUGGCAAGCGGGGCAUACUACAAUAGUGGCGGAAGUGUCAAUCCAUAA